GGUACUUCAAUUCUCCACCUCAGUGGUAAUCUUUUUCUCUGUCUGCGGUGAUGACGUGCCUCUGAGGGAGGAGCUGCAGACUGGGGGUACAGUAUGAAGGCACAGUCACCAGCCGCAAACCUUUACUGCCCACCAUAGGUCGGCCUCGGAUGACCGCCGAGUUUAAGCCCUGUUGAUCACUAAAGCAAUAGAGCAAGAAAUCAAGGUGCUUCAAAAGGAUGACCCAGUUGAGAUAUCCAUCAACAAUAGUUUGCCGGAGCUUCUGCGCCAAGUGCGGUACCAAGAUCCACAUCGGCUUAUAGCGACUCAGACGAGUUAUACCACAGCUGUAGCCCAGUGGGGUUACGUAUGUUAAGGGACAAACCCAUAUACGUGCAUAACGAGACAGUAUCGAACAAAUAGACGCAAUGCUUAACCUGUGGAAAAAACGACGUCAAAACACCGGGAGGCAGGCGGUGCAGGCAGGUCCUAAGUCAGAUCUGGACUCCAAAGAAAGUUUAUGUGACACACCAGACACUGUAAAACUGGUUAGUGAGGAGAAGCUUCAACAGGGAGACACGCCUCCCAACAUUUCCAUAACCUGCGCCGGAGAAACACAAGACGAUGCACAAGAGGACGAAAAGCCUAGAAGGCUUUCUACCACAAGCCUUAUUCAAACAGAAGACGCUAAAAGAUUCAAACAGCCAAGAAGACUUAGUGAGUCGAAUGUAAAAUGGGUAGAAGUACCUCUUUUAAAUGUCAAUCAAAGAAGCUCUGUGAGAAGCGCUAGCGAGGAUGGCGCACCAGUUACGUUACCCACACGCCCUAGCACCGGAUGUGACGAAGUUUGCGCGCGAGAUUCUAUUGCAGAUGACAAAUCUACCGGUCAUAGCUUGGCCUGGGUUUCUAUCCCUGAGGAAUUGAACGGCCCGUCAGACGGGGCCAGUUCUCCAACUCAAAUGUCCUCAACCGAGACGUUAGACGAUUGUAGGGAAGCAAGAACCAAGAAAGGGAAACUGAAUGCUCCAAUGAAGGCGGAAAAUCUCCGUGUUUUCAAUGCACCAUUUCCCGGGUUACGAAAGGACAGUAUCGAUAUAUACAAGAUGAAAAGGCAGAAUCAGGAGCAAAGUCGGGUUGAAACAAGUGAAGAUCAGUAUACUGCGGGUACGACAAUUGCGGAAUCAACUGGCCCUCCACAAGUCCCCAAAACUGACUUGCCCAGCCCAUCCAUCCUCAAAAGACGUCCAAUGAACUGUACAUCGACAAGGAAGUCACGCAGAGCAUUUUCACCAUCCUCAGUGGGAUGUAUGCCAUGUUCCUCACGAUCUUAGGCGCAGUCUUACCUAUUGCAGAAUUAUUCGCACAAGAGAAGCAUCCUCUUCUGUUUGAGGUGUUUUACAUCUACAUGUACGGUGGCAGCAUCCUCUUCCUGGGCUAUGUGUACACAUACCUGUUACGGACUAGGGCCGCCAAGAAGACGACCCCCUCGGGUCAAAGUCAGAAGAAGAAACACCGGAAACGAAAGGUCUCAGUAGACAAAGUCAACAGUAACACCGGAAGCUUUUACCUCCGACUAGGUGCUGUGGCAUUUGGCAUCGGUUCCAUGAUUCAUAGCGGCCUACAGUUUGGAGACUAUUUUGAGGUGGAGGUAAUAGAUCCCUGUAGACAUGCAGUUUUCGCCAUCCGCCCGAUCGUACACCUGAUGUUUACCUUUGUCCAGCUUUACUUUGUCUUCUUAAACUCUAAGAUGUGCAUCAACCGUUACAAGACCAUAGCCCGGUUUGGCCUCAUGCACAUGGUGGCCACAAACAUCUGUGUAUGGUUCAACACCAUCGUAGAGGAAACCCUACAUCAACUGGGAAACAUAGACUCGUCACCCCACCACGAUUUGGCCGCCGUGCUGUAUUCUCAGGAGCAUACAACGCCGACGCCAAACCGGACGUUGCUGGCUGACGUCAACAGACGCCACAGCAUUAACGUCUCCGCUCGAGGACGAGAUUACGGACCAGUGGAUAUCCAUGGAACUAUUGCUCACUUGACCACAACUGCAGCUCAGCUCAUACGCAAACAUAGUCAUCUCAAUCCACAAAACGUGACCCAUGAGAGAAGUUUUCCUUCCCCAGUUCUUCCGGUCGUGGGGACUCACUUUGACUGUAAGACCAGCCAGCUAAUGCUGAGUGUCCUGGAAACAGUUAGCCCGUACCUGUAUCCCUGCUCCAUAGAAUACAGCUUGAUUUGUGCAGGAAUCGUGUACACGUUGUGGAAGAACAUCGGUAAACGUGUGAUGGCCAUCAAAUCUGAGGACGACAAAGACGAUAGAGCUGUGGUUCAUCGCCUCCGUGUGGACUGCUCAAAGUCCAGCAGAGGCCUCUUCCUGGGAAUCCUCAUCCUCGUCGGCACUAUCAUCACUAUGGUCGUGUUUUUCGUCCUCGUUAAAACUCCUACGUACAAUCGGUCAGCAAUUAUGGUGGAGUACUUGUCAGAAAUAACUCUGUUCACAUUGUCCACCAUAGCUGUGGUAAUAGCGGCAACACGUAUGCGCUAUCUUCGUUUCAACGUUACGCGCGACACAGAUUUUGAAGAAGUAUUGAUUCUUAUCUCCCUGACAGGAGAUUACAUGUUCCAGAUGCUCAGUAUUGUUGCGGCUAUAUUUGACAAGGAGCAGUUUGCAAGUCGCCUCAGCAUCGCUGCCUGUCUUCUGGGUAUCACCCAGUCCACCAUACAAACCAUGUUCGUGCUGGACGGUCUCCGGAGAUGUACGAGAACUGCCGAGCAGGGUCGACAAAAGAGUGGCCGGGAAUAUGUCACGUUUUUACUGAUCACUAACAUUGCUAUGUGGUGCAUCAACACAUUUGAGGCGGAGAGAACAGUGGCUAAUCCUGUACAGAUGCAUUACUACGGAGCGUUAGCCUGGAACAUUCUCUCACACAUUUCCAUUCCUCUUGCCAUAUUUUUCCGUUUCCAUUCCACGGUCUGUUUGUCUAAUAUCUGGAAAGGGGCCUGGAAAAAUUAAUCCUCCUGUGGAUAUUAAGAUACAUGUAACACGUACAAUGCGAACAUAACCCGCCUUUGGUUUUGAUACUUUCUUGUUUGUUUCUAUAAUACGUGAAAGUAUAUGUAUAGCUGAGCUAUAAUAAGGCAAAGACGUAAUACACAUUUCACAAGUACUGCA